AUGUCCGACUAUCACGUUUUCCCUAUGCAAUACGAACCCAUGGAAGGAGAAAACCUCAGAGUCAAGGUGGAUGUCGACCAUUCAACUUUUUCCGUCUACCUCAAGAAGUUGGACAUCACCCAGAUGUCCCUACACAAGUGUGUGGACUUUGCACAGACAAUCCUCGAUGAUGUGACUCUCACGAGCUCCUCGGUAGAGCCCUCAACAAGUUUUGGUCAAAGGCUCUCCCUCCUCUCAAACGACAAGUUUGGGAAGCGCUCCCAAACUACAUGGACAUGGACGAGGAAUCCAUUGAGAACUGGAAAAAAAAAAGUCCGCGACUGGAUCCUGACCAAAUGUACUGAAGACGACGCGGCUGCAGUUUUAAAUCAGCUCCGUACCUGGAGAAAGCCAAGAUUGGCGACAUUGGCGACAAUCAUGGACAAUCAAAUGUACAUGAAGAAGCUCGUUCCAACGAUCCGUCAAUGUGCCGUUUUCCGCACCCACAGCUGGUUUGUAGAUGUGGAUAAUUUUCUUAGCUUCUCUUCUGUCAUGCAAAUGGUUGCAGAAUUUGUAACUGCGAACUUCCUGGUAAACAUGUUGACAAAAUAUCUUUAG